AUGGCAGACGGAUUCAACCAAGCCCGCGCUAUGCGAGUCGCCGAGAUAAUCAACGACUACCGCACUCUUCUGCUCCACAUCUCGCAACAGCAAGUCCAAGCAUCCCAAGAAGAAUACUGGGAAGAUGGCUUCGUCGUACUGCGCGAGUCCCAAGCCUCAGCACAGACCCUAAUGUCCGCCAACUACCAACCCAGCCCGGUAACAGGGCAAGGGAACGUCGAGACCGAGAAAGCCGAGCUACAAAGAGUCAUCCUGGACGGCAGCGCACGCCGAUUCCAAGCGCACAAGAUCUACCUGCGCGCCGCCGCAGCCCGGCGAUGGGCCAUGACGCGCGCUGGCAUCCUACGCGGCUCCCCUCCAGCAGCCCAGCACUCUGCAGCCUUGAAGAGUGCAACCGCCACACUCCAUCAGGAUCUGGCUCGCUUCACAGACCAGCAUGUGGUGGCGGAUUUGCGAGCUGCUGAUCUGCGCGCUGGUCACUGGGUUGACGAUGACCCUUCCUUGGAGGCGAUCCGUCGCUGGAUUGGGAGUCGGUAA